GAUAAAAUAUGCCUUUACUUUAUCGUGAAAGGAUAUAGUCUUUAAUGUUCCUUUUAAAGGGACAGAUUAAUUAGAUAAAGAGCAGGGGGAACGAUAUUGCACUCGAGUGUGGGUGAACCAUUGAAUGGCUGCGUUUAAAAAGCUAUCGGCAAUAUCGGUUCCCGUUUAAAACGCGCAAUUCUCGUUUAUGCUCGGGGAGAUUGAUAGGGAUUUGCGUUUUCGACUUUUGCAGGAAGUGGCUGAACACCCUUGGGGACAACGCGAUUCAAGGUGGAAACAGAAGGGGAAGUCCAGAACGGAGCAGGGGAGCGUGAUUGAAUAACCGUGGGAACUUAAACAGAAAUUCUGGGUCAAGUGCGCAAUGUCUAUUUUAAAAGAUAUUUAUGACGAUGAUCCUGCCGCCCCUUUUCGUUAUUUAUUCGAGAAGACACCGACAUUAUACGGUCGCGAGUUACAAGAGAACGACAGGAAGAUGAAGAUUUUAAUGAAAGAUUCAGUAGAGUGUUAGCGGUUAGAACGAUGUGAGAGGAAUAUAUGGGUGAACGCCAAACGAGCAAGGAAGGCUGGACGAAAUCACGAACACGUGGCGAGACGUGAAGCGGGCGUUGAGCCUGCUAUGUGUAAAAAAAUUCUCCGGCAGCGGCACGAUGCUGGAAGCACCGCCCGGAAGUCGCGAGGACCUCGUCGAGGCGGCAAGAACACCUUGCACACCUACAGAUCUGGACACGAUGUUAUAUGGAUACACGAACAACAUAUAUGUGCUGGACCACACUCCUGAAUCGCUGCCGGAUAUGGACAUGUUGCAAUUGUUCGCCUCGCCGGCUGGUCGAGCGUUACUUACCAGUGACAAUCGGCGGAGAGGAUCGACGUCGACCUCCUCCUUGUCUCGAGAGUCCUCUUCGAGGCUGAAGAGAGGUAGAAGACUAUCGGGUACAGUCAGCGCGCCCGCGACACCUCCAAGGCAACGGAAAUCGAGCGCGGAGCUGUACAAAGAAGCCGCCGAGAUCCUCGGCCUCACCUGUUCGUUGACCGAUAGCUGCCGAUGCAUCGAUUGCCAGAGUAAUUAUUUCGACUGCGAUGACGAUUUCGGCGACGCGAGGACGGAAUUGGCUGCGGGGACACCUAUUCUACUGGACCAUGCUUUGACACAUCCAUUGACGUGUUCCAUACAGUAGCAGCCGAAUAUCUCGUUUCGAGCACGAUUGGGUCUCAUUGGCUCCUGCACCACCGCCACCUGAUGAACCGGAAGUCAUCGAGGUGUCGAGGAAUCCAAGGACCAAGUGCGGGAUAUUCGAGGCGUGCACUUUGAUCUCGAUAAACUCCGUAAUCCUAAAGAAGAAGAUCGUGUGAAUCGAGACAACAAUUCGCCGGUUGAUUUUUACCGAAUAUUAUUCUUAUUAUUUCAUGGAACUCGAAACAAUCGAAAUUCGCUGCACCGAAAAUCUGCACAAAGGUCUUGAUAUUUCGCGUCGAAAUAUUCUUCUUCCAAACUUUGUAAUUGAGUUUCGUCAACUUUGUUAAAAGUUUUUUAGUUAAAGGAUGUAACAGAGCGACACGUGAAUAAGAAUCGAUGAAAUGAUAACGUUGAAAACCCGUGUAUUAAAUUUUGUGUAUUCAAAUUUUGAUUUCAAAUGAUAAAAUUAUUUGAGCGUGAAUUUCGUUUUGCCAAUAUUAAUGUAAACGCGAAUUUUCUAUUUUUGAAUAGGAACGAACGGCAAAGAAUUCAUUCGUUCGUUCAAUUCAUCGUUCCCUCCUCUCGAUGGAUCACCGGUUAACAUUUAACGAUAAUUAAACGAAAGAAUAAAAUAUAUAAUUUGUGGACAAUACAUAUGUAACGGAAUAAGUCACUGCUCCGAUUGUUUCUUCUCUUUUUGUAUGAAACGAAAAAAAAAAAAAAAACAAAAAAAACAAAAAAACGCAAGCUUACGUACCUAGGAAUAUUUAUGUACAAAAUGCUCCCUGUAUGUACAACAAUCUGCCGGUAAUCGCACUGGUUACGAAAUUAAUUAAAAUUAUCGAGAUAACGAAAUAAAAAGAAAAGGAAAAAAAAAA